UGCGCAACGGCCAACGGGAGCGGCUCUUUUAGGACCGCUGCGCGGGGCUGUUCAUAGCGCAGGGGAACGGCGGCUGGCGCGGGGGCGCGCGUCCAGGGAGCAGCGCGCGGGGCUCGGCGGGGGUCGCCGCCCGCAGCAGGUCAUAAUGGUUUCCAUACCUGAAUACUACGAAGGAAAGAAUGUCCUCCUGACAGGAGCUACAGGUUUCAUGGGAAAAGUGCUUCUGGAAAAGCUGCUCAGAUCUUGUCCUAAAGUACAAGCGGUGUAUGUAUUGGUAAGACACAAAUCAGGGCAGACGCCUGAAGCACGAAUACAGGAAAUAACCAGCUGUAAGCUCUUUGACAGGUUGAGAGAGGAGCAGCCUGACUUCAAAGAAAAAAUAAUAGUAAUUACAAGUGAACUUACACAGCCUGAACUGGACCUUAGUAGCCCAAUCAAACAAAAACUUAUAGACUGCAUUAAUAUUAUAUUUCAUUGUGCUGCUACAGUCAGAUUUAAUGAAACGCUAAGAGAUGCUGUUCAGUUAAAUGUGCUUUCCACAAAACAGCUCCUCUCAUUGGCACACCAAAUGACGAAUCUAGAAGUAUUCAUACAUGUUUCGACUGCGUAUGCAUAUUGCAAUCGAAAACACAUUGAGGAAAUUGUUUAUCCGCCUCCUGUUGAUCCCAAGAAACUGAUGGAUUCUCUUGAGUGGAUGGAUGAUGGCCUAGUGAAUGAUAUUACACCUAAACUGAUUGGCGAUAGGCCUAACACUUACACUUAUACAAAAGCCUUAGCCGAAUAUGUAGUGCAGCAAGAAGGUGCAAAAUUAAACACAGCCAUUAUAAGGCCAUCUAUUGUUGGUGCUAGUUGGAAGGAGCCUUUUCCUGGAUGGAUUGAUAACUUCAAUGGACCUAGUGGCCUCUUCAUUGCUGCAGGAAAAGGAAUUCUUCGAACAAUGAGAGCUACCAAUGGUGCAGUAGCAGAUCUUGUUCCAGUAGAUGUUGUUGUCAAUAUGACACUGGCUGCAGCCUGGUAUUCUGGAGUUAAUAGACCAAGAAAUAUCAUGGUAUAUAACUGUACAACAGGUGGUACCAACCCUUUCCACUGGAGUGAAGUUGAAUACCAUGUAAUUUCUACUUUCAAGAGGAAUCCUCUCGAACAGGCCUUCAGACGGCCCAAUGUUAAUCUAACUUCCAAUCACCUUUUAUAUCAUUACUGGAUUGCUGUAAGCCAUAAGGCCCCAGCAUUCCUGUAUGAUAUCUACCUCAGGAUUACUGGAAGAAGCCCAAGGAUGAUGAAAACAAUAUCACGUCUUCAUAAGGCCAUGAUGUUGUUAGAAUAUUUUACGAGCAAUUCUUGGAUCUGGAAUACUGAAAAUAUGACUAUGCUAAUGAAUCAGCUAACCCCUGAAGACAAAAAGACUUUUAAUUUUGAUGUUCGACAACUACAUUGGGCAGAAUACAUGGAAAACUACUGCAUGGGAACAAAGAAAUAUGUGCUGAAUGAAGAAAUGUCUGGCCUCCCUGCAGCUCGGAAACACUUGAAUAAGUUAAGGAAUAUACGCUAUGGAUUCAAUACAAGUCUUGUGAUCCUGAUCUGGCGUAUCUUUAUUGCAAGAUCACAAAUGGCAAGAAAUAUCUGGUACUUUGUGGUUAGUCUGUGUUACAAGUUCCUCUCGUACUUCAGAGCCUCCAGUACUAUGAGAUACUGAAGAAGAGAAUUGAGCAUUAGGGACUUCUAUGCAUAUGGUGGUUUAACUACACAAAGCCUGUAACGUAGUCAUCUCACAUUUUGUAAAAGCAUAAUUUCAUCUUAAAUUGGAGUACAAAAUAUAUGGUAUGGUAUAUGUACUAUUAGUUAUAUAUCUUCCAGAAGACAUAGAAAAUCAAACUGGUCAAGUGCCGGUCCUGAAUUGGUGUUAGACAAGCAUUUAAAUAACUUGAAUUCAUUGACCUAGGGGAGAGAAUGUUUUAGACCACUGACCAACAUAACUGUGCAAUUUGGAACAUGUUUGAUUGAAAUCUGCCUUAACAUACCUUAUUUUUUUCUUUUAAUUUUUACACCACAUUGAGGAAGGUAAAUAUUGUCAUAGUAAUUGCUAGUUUAUUGACCUAUUUAUUUGAAAUCCUAAAACUGCAAAGGAUUUUGAGUUUCAGAAGUGUAUAAAUGCUGGUGGAUCUCCUGGAAAAACUAGUGGAGGACUUCUAUAGUUUGUCUUUACUUCUGCCGCUUCUUCACUUCUCAAAGUAGGGUCAUAAUGGUGACUACUUUGCUUUUAAAAGGAAAAAAAAAGUCUCCCUUCUUCAUUAUGGAAAAGCCUUUUGUCCUAGUCUGGUUUUCAGAAUGCACUCAGUGAUUCAGUUCUGUGCUCAAAAUUGGCCCCAUUCUAUUUGGUUUGUCAGCAUGAGCAAUUCGCUUUUCCAAAAGCAGAACUGAUCCUAUCAUUGAAAAAGAUGAAAGGGAACAUUACUAUGAGGGGGGAAAUAUUCAUUAACUAUCCUUUUUUGAUGAUUUUUGUUGGGAAUACAGAGCCAGCACUUGAUUGUUACAUUUCUGACUUUAAAAGGUAAAUGUAUGUAAGAAGUAUUUAUUAUGCCUAGUUGAUACUUAUAGUACUGGUAACUGUAGUUGGACAAACUGUGGGCUUUCAUUAGAGAGAUACCUGUUCUUAAAUUCUAAGUAACGUUAGCAAAUACUUCAUGAAUUUAUAGCUUUUUAAAAACUCUGAGCUAUGAAAUUUGAUGCAUGGAUAGACCAUUGCAUAAGCACACUCUCAUCUCUGCCCCAAUAAAACCCUUUUGUUUCACUGGGCAAGCAGAGCAAGAGGCAUCUUGCUUCAAAAUUUCAAAUAUGUUAACAGUUUUUUCAUCUAUUACUUAAAUUAUUAGGUUUAAAUCUGAAGAAAUCUAAACUGUUUUUUCUGUGUAAUUUGUUUUGGUAGGUAAAACUCAGACAAAUAACUAGUUGUAAGAAAAGCUUGAGUCCCUGUUUAAGGCAAUACAUAAAGAUUCCUUGAAACUCUGGUUGCACAGAAUUCUAUUUGAGAACACUGUGUUCCUCUAACUGAUGCACUGACCAGCACCCUUGCCCAGUGUUUGUUUAUUAAAAUCUAUUUAUACUGUAUGUGAAUACGUUCUUGAAUCUGCUUGGAAAGGCAAAUAAUGACUUAAUUACUCAAGAGCUACAUUAUACUUGCCCUUGGUAGUUUUUUGUCCUAUUUGAAUUAAGUAUGUAAAGAACUUAUUUUGCUAUUCUUGUGGAAACUUACUUUAAAGAGAACACCUUUCAUGCAGGUGUAUAUCAUUUUGAAAAGAUAAUGGCUUCCUUGUUGAAGCUAAGUAUUCUGUAGUAAGUAGUUAAGCUGUAAUUCCUUUUUAAAAUGACCUGUGUGUGUGUGUGUAUGUAUGUAUGUGUGUGUAUGUGUGUGUAUAUAUAUAUAUAUAUAUAUAUAUAUAUAUAUAUAUAUAUAUAUAAGCUAGCGGUGGAAAGCCUGAAAUGGUCUAGGACCACACCUUGUGUGAGAGACCUGACUGUGGCUGAAAAUAAAUUAUGGCUUCUGUGACUGAAGAUGUUAUACUUUAACAAAUACAUUAGGUAUGUUACAUUUUUAGUUACCUCCCCAAGCAUCUUACUAGAUUUGAAAAGUAUGCUUAAGCAUUCCUGCACUGCAGACUUUUUUUCAGAGGUGCCUACAAUCCAAUGAUAUCCCUCUUCCCGUGUUGGCAUGUGACUGAAGUUUGCAAAAAGACAUGCAUCAUAUUCUGAAAAUUAUUUCUGUGAAGCAGUUGACUUAGAAUUUUUGUUCUUUAUCACCAUUACAUGUGAUACUUUUAAUGUUGAUUUGUUAAUACUGGGAAUUGUGAAGCCAAUUAAUUGAUUAUUUCUGAUCCAUGCUACUUAGGAAUCUAUUCUGUUGAAUAUGUAACUGAAGAAAAGGAUUGCUUCAAAUGUAAGGACACUUAACCUCUACUCUUUAAACGCUUGGCAGUUUAGAAACCCACCUUUCUCUUUGGAGGUUGUGGUUAUCUGUUGACUAUUGGUAUCUUAAACUCAUCAGUCAUUCUAUUUAAUUGACAGUAGAUUCAGUGUCACACUUAUUACAUCUGUUGUUUUUUGUGGUCAGUGUGUGAAAUUUCUAUCUGAAGAUAAUGUUUUAUUUCCAUAUCAGGACCCUGUUUUAUUGCAUUUCUUAAGUAUUUGCACGUAAUGGAUGUUGGUCAGAAACAGACUUCGAACUUUAUUUUGAUAGAGAAAGUUUGAUUCACUAUACUGACUAGCAAGUUACAGAAGGUAUUCUAAUUGGUUAAAUAAGAGAAGCAGUUGAAACAAGAAACAACAUGGUCACUUAACAGUUACUGGUAUUUAAAUUUGGGACCAGGGAAAAACUGCUUUUUCCUGUAAUGUUUUUCUGCUAUAGGAACACAGUUUGGAAACAAAUGCUAAAUCUGUGAGCUUUUAUAAGACAAACAAAUAUUGGGUGCCUUUGUUUGUAAACCAAAAAUAAACAAAUCCCAUAAGUGUUA